UUUAGGCCGAAUAUUCUCAAGUCGUGUUCUUUCGUCACAGCGCAAGAGAAUGGACCGGGUCUGGCAUCGCGGAGCUAGGGUUCUACAAUGCCCAGAGGAAGAAGUUUUCCAUUCUUCCGUGCUACCGCUCGACGAUCGAUCAACGCCAUGGCCGAUCCAGCUCCCCAGAGAGGUACUUGUAGUCUAGCAGCGAUAUUUCUAGCGAUUCUAUGCACGCGCGCGUCGUGCCAGCAGCAGGUGCUGGAGCAAAACCAGUUUCCCCGGGUGAUUCCCGGCGAUCCAAGGGGUCUUGACGGCCGGGCAGUGGAAUUUGAUGGCUACACGGCACCCAAUCUUUCACUGCUCAACAUAGCGCAGUAUAGCCUGGCGUUUGUGAAUCACUCGUCGGGGCUCUUCACUCUCGCCAUUGUGACAAACUCAAGCGCUGGUUCCUUGGCUAGAAUCAUCUGGGAAGCGAACCAAGACGAUCCAGUGAGUGCGAAUGCAACGCUUGGCUUCGAGGGCGAUGGCGGCCUUGCGUUGCGAGACUCUGGCGGAAGAUUGGUAUGGACUACUGGACCGCUGAAUGGACUUUCUACGACGCUCGAGUUGCAAGAGACAGGGAACUUGACGGUUCGAAACGUCGACAACGAAGUCUUGUGGCAGAGUUUUGGCAGUCCGACCGACACACUCGUGCUCCAACAGCCUCUUUCGCCGGGAAUGAGACUGGAGAGCCGCCGAAGCAGCACGAAUUCUUCUUCGGGAACUUACAGCUUGGUGAUGGAAGCCGGGGGACUUGUGCUCUACUCCAACUUUUCGGGACGGCAGGAACCUUACUGGAUCAGGGGGUACGAUGGACUUGAAACUCUAGCAGCGGCUACUACGAACGCCUGCGAGUCCUUGACAGCAGCUCUUGCCAGAAACGAGAGCUCGUCAGCUCUAACUUUCACGUUUCGGUGUGGGAGCAACGAAACGCUGAUCAUACCUCUCCAGGUGGCUGGCGAAAACGGAAGUUUCAUACGUCUGGAAGCUGAUGGGAAUUUGCAAGCUUACACGCUGGGAAGUUCUGGAAACUGGACCGAGUCGCAGAAACUCUUUGAGCAGGCUGGUAGCUGUGGGCUUCCCGAGAGAUGUCAACCAUUUGGAAUCUGCUCCAACGGGUCAUGCGUCGAGUGCUUGAGCGCAACUGGGACGAGAGUUCCUUGGAGCAACAGCUGCUCAGCUCCUGUCAUUGAUUCAUGCGGUAACUCCAGCUCUCUCGAUUUUGUUUCACUGCCGGGGAUCGAGCAUUUCUCACACAGGUACCUCAAUGGUUCUUCACUCAGCUUUCAGCUUUGCCGCAGCCAGUGCCUGCAAAACUGCUCGUGCUCGGCGUUUUUCUUCUGGGAAGAAUCCAGCUCCUGCUUUCUGAUGGAUAGCCUUCGUACGCUUCAAGCCGUGCCCAACCAUCGCCACGUUGCAUACGUGAAAGUAGCGGCCACGAACACCACGAACGAUGUCUUGCCUGUUCCAGCCACAGGAUCGAAGCUUUCAGCUGGUGCCACUGCGGGGAUCGUAGUUGGCAGCUUCUUUCUACUUCUGGUGGCCCUCCUGCCCAUCAUUUUGUGCAUAUCGAGAAAGCGGUCCAAGCAAGUGGAGGCUGUAGUCUACGACAGCGACAACUAUCUCGAGACGAUAGAGAACUUGAAACCAAUGAGGUUCUGUCGAGCGGACUUAGAACGGAUCACUGACAACUUCAGCAAGCUUAUCGGAACUGGAAGCUUUGGAAGUGUGUACGAAGGUGUUCUUCCCGAGGGCAGGAAAGUGGCAGUCAAGAGGCUCGAAAGCACAGGACAGGGGAAGCGGAAGAUCUUUGCUGAAGUUGCGGUGCUAGGAACGUUUCAUCACUGGAACUUGGUGAGGCUGCUCGGUUUUUGCGACCAAGGAUGUCACGGGUUUAUCAUCUACGAGCAUAUUGGAAAUGGUUCGCUGGACAGAUGGAUCUAUCGUGACAACGGGGAAAACGUCUUGGACUGGGAACUGAGGAUGGGAAUCGUGAUGGGAAUAGCACGAGGAUUGGCUUACUUGCACGAAGAAUGCAUGGAAGUUCAUCUCAACUUGAAGCCUCAAAACGUGUUACUCGACUCUUCGUUCGUUCCCAAGCUUUCCGGCUACGGAGUCUCCAGGAUCAUGGCUCGAGAAUCCCAGAGCUCAGCAGCUAAAACAGGUCUGGAGAGCUAUCACCCACCAGAGUGGCUUCUCGACACCUCCAUUACCGAGAAGUGCGACGUUUACAGCUUUGGAAUUCUACUCUUGGAGAUUAUCAGCGGGAAAAGAAGCUCCAACAGCGACAAGUUUUAUCUUCCGGCCCAUGCAUUGGAUCUCACAAGGCAAGGCAGGCAAAUGCAACUUGUGGACACGAGGAUCGUCAAGGACACGAGCGAGUCUAAAGUUCGUCAGGGUGUAAGUAUUGCUUUCCAGUGCUUACAGGAAGAUCCAAGAUCCAGGCCGUCCAUGGGGGACGUUGUCCAGAUGCUCCAAGGCUCCUGUGAGAUUCCAGAAGUUCCCAGGAACAGCGCUUUCUUCUGGCUCAAGGACAACGAAACUCGCUACUCGGAAGCUCACUCGCUGUUGAUGGGCUUAAAGCACUCGAUCGACUAGGAGAGGAAUGUGUAAAGACUUUUUCUAAUUGACGCAAAGAACAAGCCUUGGACAAGAACAGUGCUAGCACCAUGCUCGCAGCAGCGACAGGAUGCAGUCUGGAAACUUCGGCUCCAGCAGCAAUCCGAGGAUCAACCACGUCCCUUUCCUUCAUAGCGAAGCACGCAGCCAGUGAUCUUAGCUGAAGGUUUCAAGACCGUGCAAGUUGACUUAUACACUAGUCACCGUUUACUGUAACUUAAAGCAAGUUUACCUUUCCCUUUACUUUAA